AUAUUUCAGAUCUGGCUGAUAAAUUUGAGAAUGAGCUCAGCUUGGCAAAUGGUCCUCCUCUUGUUAAGCCAGUUUAUUCAAAAGCUGGUCUCCCAUGUGUGUCUGAACUCCAAGAAUACCUUUACCCAGUGGGUUCUAAUCAAAUCAAAUGGAAGCCAGAAACCAUCUGCACUGACCUGUUCUCAGAGUAUCCUGGAUUAAAGGAUUUAAUGGAAAGACAAAUCCAUCCGCUUAAAAAGGGGGUACUGAUAUUUUCAAGGAGUUGGGCUGUUGACAUUGGAUUGUGGGGAAAAAAGGAUGUUGUGUGUGAUGUUCUCUUGGUAGCUGAAAAUGCGUAUCCAGUAUUGUACACUGUAGUCAAGGACGCCUCUUCUGCUGAGUCGGAAAACUUGAGAGAAACUGCUUUUGUAUUAAAGCAGAAACUAGUCAAUGAUGGUGGAUAUGCUUCAAAACUCUGUGUGAUUCCCCAAAUACUGCACCUGAAUGGCACAAAGAACUGGAUGGAAUCUGCAGAAGAUGAUGUUCCUCAGCAACAAAACCAAGAAAACCUGUGUGAUUACACCAGCUUGUACCCAGCCGAUUACAUCCUCACCUCCAGGGACAUCCCCGCGUUCCUGCGUGCACUUGUGAUUGUUGUGCUUCGCUUUAAGUCCUACUUAAGUGACCAUCUCGGCUAUACGAUUUUCAACCUUCUCACUUACAAACAGUAUGAGCUGCUCUCCAAGAACCUGCACAAAGUUAAGAAGCAGUUUGUCCUUGGUCUUCCUGGAACGGGGAAAACGAUUGUGGCUUUGAAGAUCAUUGAGAAAAUAAGAAACAUUUUUCACUGUUCUGCAAAAGAGAUACUCUACAUUUGUGAAAAUAAACCCUUGAAGGAGUUUGUAGGAGAUGAGAUCUGCCAGUCUGUGACACGUGUUGCCUUCUUAAAAGGGAACUUCCCAGAAGUGAAACACAUUGUGGUUGAUGAAGCUCAGAAUUUUCGUCCUGAAGAAAACUGGUACCAAUGUGCCUGGGAGCUAGUCAAGGGAAAAAAUGGCAAUUUAUGGGUCUUCAUGGAUUUCUUCCAGUCCAGUCACCUGUAUGGUUGUGGUCUUAAUUUUUCAGAACUAUAUCCUCAGGAGUGGUUGACCGAAGUGGUCCGUAAUGCCAAGCAAAUAUACAAUAUCAUGUUUAAUCUCAUGGAGCAAAUCCUCCAAGAACGUAAAACAGAUAUGCCAUAUGAGGUGCUGGAAUUGUUGUUCAAACAGGCUGAAUGUGCCCAUUCUUUCUCAGGUGACUGUAUAAUAAAAAAAAAUAUGGGAAUAUUUGAAAUGGCAGAGUACGUGACCAGGCAGUGCAAUGGCUACAUCCAGCAAGGCCAUCCUGUCAGCGAUAUUGCAAUCCUGUGCAACACACAGCAAGAUGCCCAGCACUUCAGAAACGUACUGGAACUUGAGCUAGGAAGACAAACAAGGAAAUGCCAGGUGAGGUUGGUCUUGGGGCAAGCGGAGAAUGUUUUAGACAACGUCAUUGUUCUUGACAGCAUCCGACGCUUCUCAGGCCUAGAAAGGAGGAUUGUGUUUGGCAUCCACCCUGUGCCCUCACAAGAGGAGUUAUCUCUCCAUCUUUUGCUCUGCCUGGCAUCCAGAGCCAACACCAAACUCCAUGUGCUGUAUCACACAGAAAAGACGUUCUGA